AUGUCCGCGCCAACACCGCCGCUCCUGCCGCCCAAACCCGGCUCCCACGAAACAAGCGGCAUCUCUACUCCAUCGACGGUCCCUCCCGCGCCGCCUCCGCACCCAGCCGGCCUCGAGGUCUACAACCCGCACGAAGGUGACGUCGCGCCUCUUCCUCCACGGCCAGACAUCCCCGACCCCGGCGACAACUGGCUACCACAAUACCUCGCCGACAAACCGAUCCAAGACUUGGCAGCCAUCCUCGCCUCGCCCGAACUCCUCGCCAGCCUCACCCACUCAUCCUCCACCAUCCACCCAUCUCUCAAAGCAUCCCACGACUCUCUCACCGCAUCAUUAACAUCCAACGCCGAGCUCGCUGCCCGCCUCCAGCACCUCGAACACUCCCUCUCGCAGCAGCGCGCGAGCACACAGGCCCAGUUACUCUCGACACAUGCCCUCGAGCGCGCAUGGAAAGCCAAGCAAGGCGCCAUGGACGACGCCCUGCGGCCAUUCUCCCCGGCAGCCAUGUACCAACUCCUAGCGGCGUCGACAAACGAGCAGGCGCAGGUCUGUGCAGCUAUGGAAGAGAGCUUCUUAGCUGAGGGAGGCGAAGAUGAGAGCGAAGUCGGCGAGUGGGUGAAGAAGUACCGCGAAGCGAGGGUACUAUUCUACCAGCGCCAGGAGCGAAAAGAACGAUGGGACGAAGGACGAGUAGGCGGAUGGCGAUAA